AAUACCCCGACUUGCUGGAGUCAGGCGGAGUGCGUUGAAUUCAGGCAGGGAUUCUGUGGCAUGUUAUCUGUUCUCCUGCUAAAUUGAAAGUUUUACAUCAUGUAUCAACAAUACCAAAAUCCAGCUGCUACAACCUAUGGCCAACAACCACAGCAGCAGCAACCUCAACAGCAACAGCCUCAGCAAUUUGGUCAAAUGCAAUAUAAUGGGCAGCAAUUCCAGCAGCCUCAGCAACAACAACAAUUUCAGCAGCCUCAGCAACAGCAGCAAUUUCAACCUCAGCCACAACAGGCCCAGUUUGGGCAACCACAACAAUUUGGCCAACCGCAACAACAGCAGCAGCAGUUUGGACAACCGCAACAGCAGCAGUUUGGACAACAACAGUUCAGUCAAGAUGCCAUGCUACAGCAGCAUCAAGCACAACCUGCUGGCCCAUCAAUGGCUGAAUUCAUUGAAAACCAGGAGAACAAUGAGGGUGUGAGGUUCUCAUGGAACGUUUGGCCAACAACAAGAGUGGAGGCAACAAGGAUGGUAGUGCCUGUGGGCUGCCUCUUCACUCCUCUCAAGAAACGCACGGCUGAUGUAUGCCCUCCUCUUCUCUAUGAUCCAUUGCGCUGCACGAGACAGCAGUGCCAGGCUAUACUCAACCCACUCUGUCAGGUUGACUUUCGGUCCAAGCUGUGGGUGUGCUGCUUUUGUUUCCAGCGCAACCAGUUUCCCAGCAACUACACCAACAUGAGCGAGAGCAACCAACCUGCUGAACUUUUCCCAAAGUUCUCAACCAUUGAGUACACCUUAGCUCGCAAGCCCGUGGUGCCUCCGAUCUUCGUGUUUGUGAUGGACUUGUGCGUGGACGAGGAGGAACUCAACGCCCUCAAGGAGAGCAUCAGCCUGAGCCUGAGUCUCUUGCCGCCCACGGCACUCGUGGCGCUCAUCACCUUCGGCCGCCAUGUCCAGGUACACGUGUUGGCAUCAGAAGGCAUGCGCAAGCAGUUUGUGUUCCCAGGCAACAAGGACCAGACUGCCAAGAGCGUGCAGGAGUACCUCGGUGUUGGCAUGAAGGCUCAGCAAGGACAGGGAGGCUUGCCAUCAGCCCAGCCCAACAGGUUCGUGCAGACCGCGUCAGGGUGCGAGCUCCUGCUGCAGGACAUCAUCGGAGACCUCAGGAGGGAUCCUUGGCCCACCCAGUCGGGGCACCGCUCGCUCAGAGCCACUGGAGCCGCCAUCACCAUCGCCGUGGGGCUCCUCGAGGCCUGCUACCCGAACAGUGGUGGUCGCAUCAUGACGUUCGUAGGCGGCGCCUGCCUGUACGGUCCUGGCAUGGUGGUGGAUGACGAACUCAAGAAUCCCAUCAGAAGCCAUCACGACAUAGAAAAGGAUUCGGCCAAGUUCGUGAAGAAAGCCAACAUAUUUUAGAAAGGAGUGGCAAAGAGAGCAGCUGCCAACGGCCAUGCGGUGGACCUGACGCCUGUACGUACGCGCUGGGCCAGGUCGCCCUGUACGAGAUGAAGCAUCUGUGCAACCUCACUGGCGAGGUUCCGAACCUAGGACAUGAUUAGGAAUUAAUAAGGGCUAGGAAGACACACGGUUUAUAGUUUUGUAAUUAGUUUUCUUGUAUUUAUCGUUCGUUUAUUAUUAUGGGUUUUCAUUCCUCAUUUUUAUUCGUCCUUUAAAAACGAUCACUGGUCAAUUAUUUGGGGUCAAAGAAAACAUAUUUAUUAAUUAGUCCCCAACUUCAUGACUAUUAAAAGAUCUUGUUUACAACUUCAAAUUGUUUUACAGUGUGGGAAAUUU